GCCAAACACUCACCGAUUGAGAAGAAAGUUACCGUAGAUCGUCCAGAAGCCUGACAAAUUUGGCGGUCAGCACCUUUCCGCCGCCAUGUUGUCACAACAUGUCCAAAUACCGUGGUGCAUGGCGGGACACAGUCCUGACCUUUGACCCCGGGAAGAACCAGACAUGGCCCUGAAAGGGUGCCACCCCACCACCCUCAGAGUGGUGUCCUUCUUAUGCACGUUCCUGACAUUCAGCAGUAUCCUGCCUGUGUUCCUGGAUGUAUCAGAUGACUCCCUGUAUGUGCCAAUAGCAACCAUCUCUCCUUCAGGUGUACCGGAAAAUACUACAAAAGAGGUGGCAGUAUGUUGGAACUGGAACAUGGAGCUGGACCAAGAUGGCCGCUGCCCCUUCUCCUUCCUGUUUGCUGCAGUAGCGAUCAGUGGGACUGUCAUUCUGUGUUCGGUACUGUCCAACCUGGCUCGACGAUGCUGUGACUGCUACCAAGGUGUAUCCCGCCGCCCCUGCCUACGUUACCUGUUCCAGUUUUCUGCUUUUGUUGGCAACCUGAUGACAUUCCUCCUCCUGGCUGCUUUUGUUGUUCUGAUGUUGGUUUUCAGCUUUGCGGAUGAAGUCAGUAAACAGCGACUUACAGAUAAGAUCCUUGCCAAGAUGUAUCACAUAUGGUUUGCCCUAGUGUGUCUUGGAACUCUGCUGUCUUUCACAGCCACGGUGCUGAGUGGCGUGGAAAGUGUGCAGCGGCGCUCGUCUGACUGGCUGGAAUACUCUAAUUCUCAGUUGCUGAUGUACCAUGCCAGUCUUAACUACGGUGACUUCUAAACAUUCCAACUUGUGUGGAAAUGAAAAGCAGCUUUAAUUUCUAAAUUUCCCGUUGGUUUUCAGAAGCCAGUAGAAAAUGCCUUAAGAUAAUAGCUUAUCCUUUUUUUUUAACGAGUGUUCAGAGCAAGGUUAUUAUACCGCUUCAAGGCAAUGGACGAAGAAGUAAGAAAUAAUUCUACAAGAAGAAACAGUAGACAUUUGAUUUGAAGGCUGAUAAGUCUUAGACAAGAGUGUAACAGUUGUCGUUGAGAGAGUUCCAUAGUUUGGCUGUCCAGGAAAAGAAACUGUUGCUGUAGAAAGACUUUGAGACCGGCAAUUGAAUUAUAUGUUGGUUUAUGAUAUAUCAAAGGUUGUUGAUGGCUAACUAGGAUGAAGUGUAUACUGCUCAGAAUUUUCUAUAAAACCUGUACUCAGAUGACUUGAGGAAGGUGUGUACUUCUAGUCUAUGAAAGUACACACUGAUAUGACUAUGAAGAAUGAACCUUGCAAAGCCUUUCUAAUAUUGGGUUCUUGCUUUUGUACCACAAUGCUGAGUUUCCUUUCAGCAUCUUUUUGUUUUGAUCUAAGAUUAUUUUUGUAACCAUGACUGUUGCAUAUGAUUUAUGUGUUUCUGAGGACGCCCGAGUGCAAUGACCACUGAUGUAUGUGAUAUGAUAAUGGUAUUUAUGUUGUGAGACAAACAGCCUGGCAAUGAUCACAAGUUUACUUUGGUACAUUUUACAUGUAGUAUGAACUGCAGUUGUAGAUAUUCUUACAAGUCAAUGUACAUAUUUAUUAGCAGUCACAAAAUGUUGACUUUAUCAUAUGCAUAUUGAUGAAGAGUUUAUGAACUUAAUUUAGACAAGUACUUAGUAGGAAGAAUAUAGCUAGACAUAUACAUGUAUGUACUUUCAGACAAGAAAGAUGAGAGGGCACAGGACAUCUCUUCAUGCUCUUGUACACAUUAGUUUGAAGGAGUCAUGAUGUAAGUGAUGCAGAAAUUUUCCCAAAGUUUUGGUUCUGUAUUGACAGAAGCCGAUAGGUUCAGCAUUAAUGCACUGUGAAGUGUUUUGACAACAAAAUUGUGCAAGUACAGGCCAAUGUGUUUCAGUUUUUGAGCCUACCAGUUAUUGAACUGCAAUUUAAUAUUCCUGAAUGAUGACAUGCUGAAGUGACCACUUCUAUUUAGGGUCCAUUUUGUAAUUUCAAAUUCAAUGUGUAAAAUAUUUGUCUUCCAACAGAAAUCUGUUCCUUUGUUGCAUUGGAAUUUUCUUGUAAGUUUAAUAACCAGUGGUGUUAUACUAUAUGGAAAUGGCAUUAUUCAUAAGGACUGUAUAGUAAGGCUUUGAUGAGUUGAAGUUGAGCCCUCCAUACUUACUGAUAAGUACACUGUAAGUCCCAAUGGGUAAUCCAUUCCUAGUUCAUGCUAGCCCCUAGUAAGCCUUAAGAUAGUUGAGCAGCCUUGGAUGUACCUUGGUUGAAUGAAUAAAAUAAUGACCACAC